AUGGCAUCCGAAAAUCAAAGUGAGGAAAAAUUCGGCCCACCGGACCCUCCAAUAGCUCCUUUCCAAUGGGGAAGGUUCCUGUCUGCUGUGAAAGAUCAGAUUCCGUCGAUGGACUCUGAUAUCUCAGUGUCUGAUGGUGAUGAAGACGGGGACCUUUUCAUCUUCCAGCGAGAUCAAUCCAACCUGAUUCCUGACUUGUCUGAGGAACUGGAAGACGUUUCUCCGGACAUAUCCGACUUACAGAAUAGGUUUACAUUCAUGAGACGUCCACAAGAGCUCUGGAAUGAAGAAGUGGAUAGCUCAUCUUUUCACGAAGAAAAGAGUGUCCCUCAGUCUGGAUCAAGGGCGCAUGUCCCCCUACACAGAGGUCGCUGUGACCUUGCCAUAAAAGAACCAUCAAACCAACAAGGCGCAGCUCCGUCAGAGUUCACUCUACAUGAGCAUGAACCUGAGGAGGGCAUCUCGGGAAUCUUUGGAGAGGAGGAUCCAGUGCCCCAGAAAUGUGAGAAGACCCGGGCUUUGACACCUGAUGAUUUGCCAUCGGCAGAACAAUCACCUUUUCUUAAUGAAAAAGAAAAACAAAGUGAAAUUAAUCGUGAAAAGGAACGUAGGAAAUUAAUAGAAACAAAAGUACUCUCCAAGGUGACAUUGGGCGGCCCACAGCCGAAAAACAAUAACAACAACUUAGAAAGGCUGGCCGAAGGGGAAAGUGAGCGAGGGGCUGUUUCAGCAGAGCACCCGCAAGAGCUGGGAUUAUUUGCCUUGGAGGGCAUUGAGAAGUGGGAUCUAAACAAGGUCCUGCAAGACUUGGAGGUGCAAAGCAACGGUAGUAGGAGUCAAACAGCGGGAGUGGCUUUCUCUUCCACAGACCAAGAAUCUUACAGGGCUGUGUCACAAACGAAGCUCAUGGGAAAGCUGGAAGAACUGUGUCUGAAGCAGUCAAGGGCAUUCUUCAUGCACCGAAGGCGGCGGCUUGCCAAGCUUCCCCAUUUUAAUGAGUGUCAGGGGGACGGGAGAGAUGUCCCCAUUCUAGCACCCUUGACGAAUGGUCAAAGCUCGACUCCAAUGGAAUUACAAUAUACUCCAGAACCACCAACCGUAUAUAUUGAUUUAAGGGAAUCACAGGAGUGCGAGUUAUUGGCAAAUGGAGCACAAAGCUCAAGCGACAGCUCCGCAGAAAGUGAAGAAGAUACAAAUGUGAUGGGCAGAGGAAAAGGGAGAGAGAGAAUGGAAGAGUUUUCUCAACCAUCACGCAAAGAUUUCACUGGGAAGUGCUUCCUACUGCAACAGCUCCGUAACUUUCGCCAAGGGACAUCUCAGACUUUUGCAAAGGGCUCGGAGGCCAUCAUCCAAGACAAAAGGAGGAGGCAGAAUAUCAAAACAAUGGAAGAAACUGGUCUGCCAAAAGUCAGGAAAAGACGGUGCUUGAAACUGCGGGGGCUGACAUCACUGGGCCCAGUAAAUUCUGGUUCUACUGCAAGGAGCUUCCCCUUCACUGGUGAUAUUAACAGCACUACCAGCUCCUCGAGAGAACUCGAGAAAGCAAUAGGGCAAGGGCCACAAGUGUCUUUGGAAGAGAAAGGAACAGACUUCCCAAGGACACAAGGAAACCAGAAAGAAAAGCCAGUCCAAGAGAAGCAGAGGCGGCAGAGACUCCCCGAUCAGCUGGAGAGAUCAAAGCCACAGUUGUCCAUCACUGGGAAGCAGCCCGUGGCAGAGCACAUACCCGUCUUCUUCCACACUGAGGCCUCUUAUCUGACACCGGUCCGCUCACUGCCUGGACCCAAAGGCUUGGAAAGCAAGAUGCUUCAGCUGACAGUCGAGCUGUCUGGCUACGGAUGUGUUUCCCGGGGUUGUCAGCAGAGUGGCUCCUUCCCAGAAACUUCUGUGUCAUCUGCCAACAUCUACCCUGCAGUUGUGACCUGGCUGCUGUCCCUGGUACCGAGUUUGGGAGAUAAAGGAGAAAGCAAAGCUCCAUUCCACGUGUUGGGGCUGCAGCAAGCUUGGCAUAAGGGUGUCCUGGCGCUGCGUGCUUGUUUAAUCCCGGUCUGUGAGUCAGACAAACAGAGCAGCUCUGGACUUCAGAAGCAUAAACUUGAGGAAUCCCUUCAGAGAACAUCUCUAUUCUGCCAGCAGACCUCCAUAUUUCUCUCCCAGACUUCUCUCUCGGAUGUUAUUUGGUGGAAGACAGAGCUGGCCACCGGCUGCCUGCAGGAUCAGCCGUACCCUGUUCUUCCUCAGAUUCCUGACAUCUGCCUAAGUGACAUCACUACGGUUCACUCAGAGCCUCAGACGGUGGAGGAAGCCGGUGCGGUGCCAGCUGGGUUUUACUGGCAGACGGUAGAGACUGAUGAAAAAUAUUUCUCUGGCGGCAGUGACAUCAGAGAGAGUGGUGAUACAGAUACUGAGGUUGCCAUGGCGCUGCUGUUUGAAACCCUGCUCAGAAACCCCGUAGCCGUCCACCACACGUUCCAGCUGAUUCUGGCCUCUGGUUUGGACAUCUGUGGACUCCGCCUGCUUUACCCUCCGUGCAACGUAUUGCUCUCUAGCACAGUAGCGCUGCCGCCUUCUUAUACGCUGGAAAAAGAGCUACCAGUGCUAGCAGUCAGCCUGCGAGGGUCCAAAGCCCGGAGCGUCCUGCAAGAUAUCCUAGGGCCUUCUGAUCCCCAGCUGGCCCGUGUGACCAACAGCUGCUCUAUCAAUGCCACCUACUGCACAAGCCCAGCCCAGCCCCUCGUCUACCUGCCUCACACGGACAGCCAAGUGUACAGAGAGCUGUCUGUCUGGUUUGGAGGGAGUGUGCUGUGA